GGGCAUAGAUCCGAGGUGUGUCCAUCAGCAUUUGACCAAGAUUUUCGAGAACAGUAUGCAGACGUCACUGCCCUCCAAGGAUAUCAGAACCAGCAACCCAACGACCCCUUCUCCAACACGUACAACCCCGGGUGGAGAAACCACACUUCUCGUGGUCCAACAAAAACAACACCCUCCAGCCACCUCGUCCAAACUUCGCCCAACAGCAACCCCGUCCCAACUUCAUCCCCUGUCUGAACUACCAACAACAACAGCACCGCAACAGCAAGCCCAAGGGUCCGAAUCGAGCUCGUCGAACCAAGAUGACAAGCUAGACAAGAUCCUUCAGUUUAUCAUUAACCAGGACUCAUCGAUUAAGCGUCUCAAGAUGCAAGUGGGCCAGCUUGCCACGAGAGUUGGGAACAUAGAGGCCGAGUCCGACAAAGGGAAACUUUCGAGCCAGUCCGAGCAAGCCAAGGCAAUAACGGUGUUAAGGAGCGGGAAAGAAGUUGACAACAUGGUAAAAAUCCCCGAGCCUGAUGAACCCAAGCCAGCCAACCAGCCCAAAAAAGCAGAGGGAAGCAUGGAGAAGAGCACAGAAACCGACUCAGGGAAGCCAACGGACGGCUCAAUGUUACACAAGUCACCGAACCCCUACAGAUCACGCAUACCUUUUCCGAGCCGACAUCGAGAUGAGAAGCAAGAACAACAAUUCAGGGACCUAUACAACAUGCUCUCGAAAGUCAACGUCAACUUUCCUCUUCUAGAUGUGAUAAAAAAUAUGCCAUCGUACGUAAAGUUCUUCAAGGACUUGGUCACAAAGAAGAGGAAGUUCGGAGAUGGGGAGAAGGUGGUGGUCUAUAAAGCAGCAAGUGCAAUGCAGCAUGACUUGCCUAAGAAGGAACGAGAUCCCGGGGGCUUCGUGAUUAAAAUAGCCCUCGAGAAUGGGAAAGAAGCUUCGGGAAUGCUUGACCUCGGAGCAAGAAUCAACCUUAUGUCGUUUUCUAUCUUUCAGCGGCUGGGUCUCGGAGACUUGAGACCCACUCGUAUGUGCUUACAGCUAGCCGACCGUUCGAUCCGAUACCCCAAGGGGGUGGUGGAAGAUGUCGUUGUUCGAGUAGGAAAACUUAUCGUCCCGGUGGACUUUGUUUUUCUAGAUGUGGGGGACGUUCAAGAGAAUGGGAAUGAUCAUACCAUCCUUCUUGGCAGACCGUUUAUGGCCACCACCAAAAAUCUUAUUGAUGCAAGGAAUGGGACCUUGAACAUGACGGUUCUGGGCGAGUCUGUAUUUAUCUCCGUCCGAGAAGUCACAUCCGCAUCUUCAAAAGCGCGGACACCUCAUGAUGUUCCAAUUAUUCGCGAGUUUGUGGACGUGUUCCCAGACGAGCUUCCAGGAGGACCGCCCAACCGUCAAGUGGAGUUUUCUAUCGAUCUUAUCCCAGGGGCCGGUCCAGUAUCCAAAGCCCCAUAUCGCAUGGCGCCUAAGGAGUUGCAGGAGCUUAAAACUCAGAUUCAGGAGCUGUUACGACUCGGUUUCAUCCGACCGAGCGUGUCACCGUGGGGAGCACCCGUUCUCUUUGUCAAGAAGAAGGACGGAUCUAUGCGCAUAUGUAUCGACUACCGAGAUCUUAACCGGUUGACGAUCAAGAACAAGUACCCGCUUCCCAGGAUCGACGACUUAUUUGAUCAGCUGAGUGGAGCAUGUGUGUUGUCGAAGAUUGAUUUACGAUCAGGCUACCACCAGCUGAAGAUUAAGGAGUCAGACAUCGCUAAGACCGCUUUCAGGACUCGUUACGGCCAUUACGAGUUCGUCGUCAUGCCUUUCGGUCUCAGCAAUGCGCCAGCUGUUUUCAUGGACCUCAUGAACCGUAUUUUUCAUCCCUACCUCGAUCAGUUCAUUAUUGUCUUUAUUGACGAUAUCCUUAUCUACUCGAAGAGCCAGAAGGAGCACGAGGAGCAUCUGAGGGUGGUUCUCGAAACCCUCAGACGAGAAAAGUUAUACGCCAAAUUCUCCAAAUGCGAGUUCUGGCUUCAACGAGUAUCCUUUCUAGGUCAUGUGAUUACUCAAGCAGGUAUCGAGGUGGAUCCUUCUAAAGUUUCAGCCGUUCAAAACUGGUCGACACCGAGGAGUCCGUCCGAGGUUCGCAGUUUUCUCGGUUUAGCUGGUUAUUAUCGCAGGUUUAUCGAGGGCUUCUCCAAGAUCGCCCUCCCUCUUUCCCAGCUGACGAGGAAGUCUGUGAAAUUCGAAUGGACUGACCGAUGUGAGGCGAGCUUUCAGGAGCUCAACAGGAGAUUGACUUCAGCACAGGUGUUGACUAUUCCCGAUCCUUCUCGGAGUUUCACUAUCUUCAGCGAUGCUUCGAGACAGGGCUUGGGAUGUGUCCUUAUGCAGGACGGACAGGUCGUUGCGUAUGCUUCACGUCAGCUUAAGCCUCAUGAGCAGAACUAUCCUACGCACGACUUAGAGUUAGCAGCAGUCGUUCAUGCUCUGAAGAUCUGGCGUCAUUAUCUUUACAGCGGACGUUGCGAGAUUUUCACAGACCAUAAGAGCCUGCAGUAUAUCUUCACGCAGAAGGAGCUUAAUAUGAGGCAGCGCCGUUGGCUUGAGCUUGUUAAGGAUUAUGAUUGUUCUAUCCAGUACCAUCCGGGAAAGGCGAACGUCGUCGCGGAUGCCCUAAGCCGAAAG